AGAUUUCUUGGAGCUGAUUGGUGACAUUCAGGAGUUGAAGAACAAGCCGUAUAUGAUGGAUGGAGAGAAUCGAUCUCCAAGCAAGAAAUCCGAUUUCAACGCCAACUCGUCCCUUUUAAUCUCGACUGCAACGGUGAACGAGACUUCUCAGGAAUUCAAAUCACCACAGUCAGAUGCCCCAACCACAGGCCCCACCAUUGCGACUUCUCCCACUGGCGCAUCCACACCCCAGUCCCCGUUACCACAUUCUCCACCAAACGCACUAGACUUAUCUAUCUCGGGUCAACCGUUGCGAACGAAUAUUCGCUUGUGCGAUCUCGAACGUGUCUGUGUCCUCGGAGUUGGCGGAUUCGGUCGGGUGGAUCUGGUCACCCUCACCUACGAUCGAACUCAGGCGUUUGCCAUGAAACGAUUGCAAAAACAACAUAUUGUACAAACGCGCCAACAAGAACAUGUGCAUUUCGAGAAACUUAUCCUCUCUUCCGUGUCCUCUCCGUUUAUUUGUCGGCUGUAUGCGACUUAUCGGGAUAACAAAUACGUGUACAUGCUUUUGGAAGCAUGUCUCGGCGGUGAACUAUGGACAAUCCUGCGAGAUAGGUAA